AUGCCGACCGCCGCGUCCACCACGUCGUCGUCUUCCGCCGCCGCGUCGCCCCACGGCGGCGGCGCCGCGCGGAGGGCAGGAGGGUACCAGCGAGAGAAGAGCUCGCCGGGCCGCGGGCGGCGCCGGCUGGCCGCGUGGGCGUCGAUCGACCCCCGGGCGAGGUGGGCGCGGGAGUGGGACCGCGCCUACCUGCUGGCCUGCGCGGCGGGGCUCGUGGUCGACCCGCUCUUCCUCUACUCCGUGUCCCUGAGCGGCUCGCUGAUGUGCGUCUUCGUCGACGGCUGGUUCGCCGCGUCGGUCACCGCGCUCCGGUGCAUGGUGGACACCGUGCACGUCUGGAACCUGCUCAUGCGGCUCCGGAUGGCGUGCGCGCCGGAUCAGGAGGAGGAGGACGUGGACGAGGAGGCCAAGCUGCAGGAGGCGGUGCCGGCGGCUCAGGUGCCAAAAUCCAAGAGAGGGCUCUUCUUGGACGUCUUCGUCAUCCUUCCGGUGAUGCAGGUGGUGACCUGGGUGGGCAUCCCGGCGAUGAUCCGCGCGGGGUCGACGACGUCGGUGAUGACGGUGCUGCUGGUGGCGUUCCUGUUCGAGUACCUGCCCAAGCUCUACCACUCGGCCCGCUUCCUCCGGCGGAUGCGGAACGUGUCCGGCUACAUCUUCGGCACCAUCUGGUGGGGCAUCGCGCUCAACCUCAUGGCCUACUUCGUCGCCGCUCACGCAGUGGGCGCGUGCUGGUACUUGCUGGGGGCGCAGCGGGCCACCAAGUGCCUGAGGGAGCAGUACUGCGACGACGGGCGCGGCGGGUGCGCGGCCGCGGCGCUGGCGUGCGCGCGGCCGCUCUACUACGGCGGCGGCAGCGGCGGCUCUACGACGGCGGUGGGCGCGGACAGGCUCCAGUGGGCCGGCAACUCCAGCGCCAGGGCGACGUGCCUGGACAGCGGCGACGACUACGAGUACGGGGCGUACAAGUGGACCGUCAUGCUGGUGGCCAACCCCAGCUGGGUCGAGAAGAUCCUCCUCCCGAUAUUCUGGGGCCUCAUGACGCUCAGUACUUUUGGGAACCUGGCGAGCACGACGGAGUGGUCGGAGAUCGUGUUCAACAUCAUCACCAUCACCGGCGGGCUCAUACUGGUCACCAUGCUCAUAGGUAACAUCAAGGUGUUCCUGAACGCGACGACGUCCAAGAAGCAGGCGAUGCACACUCGGCUGCGGAGCGUGGAGUGGUGGAUGAAGCGCAAGAACCUGCCGCAGAGCUUCCGGCACCGGGUCCGGCAGUACGAGCGGCAGCGCUGGGCAGCCACCCGCGGCGUGGACGAGUGCCGCAUCGUGCGCGACCUCCCGGAGGGCCUCCGCAGGGACAUCAAGUACCACCUCUGCCUCGACCUCGUCCGGCAGGUGCCGCUGUUCCAGCACAUGGACGACCUGGUGCUCGAGAACAUCUGCGACAGGGUCAAGUCGCUCGUCUUCCCCAAAGGAGAAGUGAUCGUCAGAGAAGGCGACCCAGUGCGGAGGAUGCUCUUCAUCGUGCGCGGCCACCUGCAGAGCAGCCAGGUGCUGCGGAACGGCGCCACGAGCUGCUGCAUGCUGGGCCCUGGCAACUUCAGCGGGGACGAGCUACUGUCGUGGUGCCUGCGCCGGCCCUUCCUGGAGCGGCUGCCGGCGUCGUCGUCGACGCUGGUCACCCUGGAGAGCACGGAGGCGUUCGGGCUGGAGGCCGCCGACGUCAAGUACGUCACGCAGCACUUCCGCUACACCUUCACCAACGAGAAGGUGCGCCGCAGCGCCCGCUACUACUCGCACGGGUGGCGCACCUGGGCCGCCGUGGCGGUGCAGCUGGCGUGGCGCCGGUACAAGCACCGCAAGACGCUCACCUCGCUGUCGUUUAUCCGGCCGCGCAGGCCGCUGUCGCGGUGCUCGUCGCUCGGGGAGGAGAAGCUGCGGCUCUACACCGCGCUGCUCACCUCGCCCAAGCCCAACCAGGACGACCUGCUGUAG